UAUCAUUGUAUCUAACAUCAUCUACAUGCUGAAUUUGUGACGUUUGGAAACGAUAUUCUCGAAUAGACUUGAUCUAAGCCAAAUGGCAUCAUCGACCAGUGUUUAGUGUGGUGUAAUUUAUCAGCGGUAAUAUUACCGGGUCUACUCAUAAAAACAUUCACUGCGGUCAUAAGCGAGUUGUUCAAGUGCUGGCUCAACAUGACCACUAAUGCACAAAGACCGAGACAAAAGCUGAUCAUUUUAUUCAGUGGUAAAAGAAAAACGAACAGAGACUUCCUCGCGUCCGCACUGUUAUCACAACUUGAUGAAUCUGUCGCUGAAAUUGUUCGCAUAUGUGAGCCAGUAAAAAAGCUAUGGACAAUAAAAAUGGCUCUUAAAGAUGACGACUUACGAGGUCCAUUAAAAGAGCAAUACCGAAAAGAAAUGAUUAUCUGGAGCGACAAAGUGCGAGCUCAAUUGCCAACAUUUUUCUGUUCGGAAGCCUUCAGAUCAGCCGAAAAACCGAUCACAAUUGUUAGUGAUAUCAGACACUAUACGGACAUGGAUUACUUUAUCAAUUUCAAUAUCCCGUUGUUGGCGGUUCGCAUAGACGCUAGUGAUGAAAAACGGAAAAAGCGAGGAUGGGUAUUCACCAAGGGCAUUGAUGACACGAAGACCGAAUGUGAAUUGGAUGAUUUCAAAGAAUGGGAUUAUGUGAUCGAUAGCGACACCAGGGGAAAUGCUCAGAAUAUUUUCGAAAAUAUCAAAUGCCACGUUAAGUAUAUACUGAAGACAUAGGAGAGACGGAUGAAAACAUUUUGAAAAUGUUACACUUAUUCAUUGACCAGAAGAAUUUAAACAUGAAGAAUAAAGACAGAGUCAGUAUUCGA